AUGCAGGGAAUUCUGGGAAAGCCCGAUUAUUGUUUUUUACUGUAAUUUUAACAAUAAUUUACUGUAAAAAGUACAUGUACUCUCUUGUUAAACAAUAUACAUUUUUACUGUUAAUUAUACAGAAAAUCAUCCUUUUUACAUGUUUUGUUUUUUUUACUGUAAAACUACAUGUAUUGUCUUUUUAAACAUAUUUUAAAAAAAAAUACUGUAUAUUUUAAAGUAACUACCCGCUAACCAAUUAUCAUUUUUACUGUAGCAUUUUUACAGUCUUUUACCGUUAAAAUUACAAACAUUUUUUACAGUGCGUUUGUGUUUAAAAGUUGCUAAUAAGGUUUUUUUUCUUCCAAGCACUAAAGCCAUUGUUUAUUCAAAUGCCUGUCCACAAAAUAACUGAACUGAGUAAUCUUUACAAAAAAAAAAAAAAAAAGUAAUUAAAAAAAAAAAAAAACUAAAUAUUUUAAGUUUCAUUUAUUUUUUUAAAACAUUACACAAAUCAAACUGAUGUAAUUUUGUUAUGAAAUUAAAAUGCGUUUAUCUAAAAAAUAGACAAAAAAAUGUUUUGAGUGUGAAAGGGACGUGUUUCUAAUAAAUGCAAAUAUUAGGAGAGAUUUCGGAACAUGUGCGUUUCAACGAUAGAGCCUACAUGUAUACGCGUUUCCAGCUCGUGUGUAGUGAACAGAUGAUCGCACUACAGGAGAAAAGAGUCACUCGCAGCCAAAAUUGCACACUGCGAGGCGUUUUGCCCUGGAGCGGAUGAAGGCACCAAAUACUGCGGCGCACCAUCAUCACACACCCCGCAGCGAUCAGCCGCAAUGCUCAUUUAUGAGAGAAGAGCAACGCCAUUAACGAAUAGAUUUAAAAACACAAUACAUGAACCACAACGCCUUGUACUGAUCUUAUGGGUUAAAUGAACACUUCUGCAGCAUGUCUUUUCCGCACACAUACAGCGCGAGUAUUUGUGUGUAUCCCGAAACAGAACCGGUUUCACCUGAUCCUCCGCUAUGGCACUGCGGUAGCUGAACAAAGGGAAUCCCGGUGAAGAAUUACGCACCAUCGGCGAGGGACCCGCGCACCUCUUUCUUUUGAACUUAACCCUGUUUCUCUUUGUGGAGAGGUGCCAAAUAUUGUGGCUACCCUGGCGUCCGUCACUGGUAGAAAGAGAGGGUGGGGAUGGAGAACUGUUGUCGCAGCUGUAUGCCAUGUUUGAAGAGGUUAUGGGACUGGAUAUGGCCCGAGUUUUACUAUCCGAACGUCGUACGUCCGGUCGAGAUCCGCACCGUUUCGGGUGAUAUCCGGAUCCCGUCGCCGAAGAAGAAGCCGUCGCAGCUGUACGCGGCUCUGUUCGACUUUGAAGCCCGAAGCGAGGAAGAGCUGACGGUGAAAGAAGGGGACAAACUGUCUGUCAUCGAGAAGAGGGGAGAUUAUGUGCUUGCCAAGAAGCUGACCGGGUCUUUGGAGUCUGGUUUGAUUCCAGCUCAUUAUGUGGCCCUUGUGCAAGACGAAUUCGCGAACUAUAAAUGGUACUAUGGCAAUAUAAACAGACAAAAAGCUGAGAAGCUGCUUUUGGCCUCUCAAAAUAAAACUGGUUCCUUCCUGGUGAGGAUCAGUGAGAGUCACAGUGAUGAAUAUACCAUCUCAGCCAGGAGUGAAAAUAAUGUCUUCCAUUUCCGUAUUCAUCGCUCAGCGAUUGGUGCUUACUUUGUAUCCGACAAAGUCUCGUUUGCCACUCUGGAUGAGCUUAUCAAAUACUACCAGCAAAAAUCCAGAAGUCUGGGAUGCCCGUUAGACCAGCCGUGUGUACAGCAAAGAGAGCUGUUUGAUAUGGAACCGUGGGAGCAGCCGAGGGAGGAGUUUCAGAUAAUCACAAAGCUGGGAGAAGGCCACUUUGGAGAGGUGUGGGAGGCUGUCUGGACCACCAAAAAACUGAAAGUGGCCAUAAAGAUGCUCAAACAAGAGGACACAAAACUGGAUGAAUUUUUCAAGGAGGUGCAUGCACUGAAGAACUUGCACCAUCCUAAACUGAUUCAGCUACUGGCUCUCUGCACUCGAGGAGAACCAGUCUACAUUAUCACCGAGCUCAUGAUUAAAGGAAGCCUGAAAGCGUACCUGUCUUCACCAGAGGGUCAGGUGUUGACUUCUGCUCACCUCAUCUAUAUGGCUGGUCAGGUAGCUGAAGGAAUGGCCUACCUGGAGGAUCGGCAUAUAGUCCACCGAGAUCUAGCUGCUCGAAACAUCCUGGUUGGAGAUAACCUGGUGUGCAAAGUGGCAGACUUUGGUCUGGCUCGCAUCAUCAAGGAUAGUGUGUAUACAGCCAGUAGAAACACUAAGAUUCCAGUGCGAUGGACGGCUCCAGAAGCUGCUCUCUACCAGCGUUUCUCAGUGAAAUCUGAUGUCUGGUCCUUUGGAGUGCUGCUCUAUGAGAUGAUGUCACGUGGAAAGAUGCCUUAUGAUGGGAAGAGUAAUAAAGAGGUUUUGGAGAUCCUGUCGUCAGGGUACAGGUUGCCAUCUCCAAGCCAUUGCCCCCCAAACAUCUACCGCAUUAUGAUGGAAUGCUGGCAUGCCGAGGCAUCCAAACGGCCCUCAUUCCACACCCUUCACAGUCAGCUGGACAAUAUCUACUCCAGAAUCUACUUCAAAACCAUUGAGGUGUAGAACACAAGGAAAAGAGGUCGACUGAUAAGGAAGACUGUGGCAUACUGGAGCAGAAAGGAGAAUGGAGAAAAGGAAUGCAUGAAAAAAAAAAAAAACACUAGACAGAAGUGCACCUGUAUGACUUUUUGAAUGCUUAUGUUAUAUUAAUAAGGUAACGUGCAAUAACAAAUGCUUGUUAAAGAAAGAAGAUCAAAUGAGAGAAGAGGAAUAAUAUUACAGAACAAACUAAAAGAGGAAAAGCGAAUGUCCUCGAUCUGAUAGGGCCAGAUUACCUAUAGCUUUUCAUAGCAACUCUUGAUCAUCAGCAAUAAGUGGUGAAGAUAUCAAGCACUUUGUAAUGCUUCAGUUAUAGUAUGUGUCAUUCACACUGCACUUCCUCAUAGUUUAUGUUGUGCUAGAGUUGAUCUGGCCCAUUUAGUUUCUGUCCGAAUAGAAACAGGAGAUUUUCUGGUCUGUUUUGAGAUGAGAGUUUAUGUUUACAAAUAAUUCACCUGCCAAAAUAUGGAUGGGUGUCAAGGAUGUGAAAACUAUGGCCAUUAUAAGUUAUAAUUAUUGAGUGUUUUUAGCCUAUGUAAAGGCAGGCUGCACAAGAAACUCUUUUCUAUCAGCUGUAUGAUCUUGAAACUAACACUGUGGUUAACACAGAAGCCAUAUGACAUAAACUACCUGGUUAAGCUUCCUCAUGAUCGGUUUCGUAGAAAUCACAUCCAUGUCAAAAUGUUAUUGUCUUUCAAUAGGUUAUAAACACGAGAGCACCAUGGACUCUUCGUUGUAUUCUGCAGAUAACUCUUGUAAAUAAAAUAUUUUUCCAGUACUCAUGUUUCUGCAGUUUCUUUAUAAUUUGUUUUGCAAAUGUCAAAUGUAACCUGAUCCAGGAUGUGAGUUUAAACAGUAUUUGCAAGCAUGCUGGUUGCCCUUAGGCAGUCUUAUUUUCUUUUGUAAAGCAACUUGAAAUAAUAAAGAA